AUUAUUAAAUAAUAAUAAUUGUGCAGCAGACUCUUAUUUUGAAGCGACCGUGUUGUUGCGGAAGUGAAGCGGAAACGAAGAACAACAACUUCCGGUCCUCUUUGUGUUUUCCAACGGCUCCGACUUCAGAGCGAGCUCCGCGGGGAACGUCGGGUUCGGAUCCGGGUUCUGUGGGUUUUUUUUUUUCGCCGGGUCCGUGUUCGAGGUUGUCCGGGUCUCGUCGCCAUGUCGGUCCUCAGUAGCCGGGCCCUCCAGGACCAGCUGUCCAUCAUCAUGGCCGCUCUGACCAAGGCGGCCGUGGCGGAGAUCUGCGAGCUGGUGGACGAGGGCUACGCGGUGCUGCAGAUGGAGAUCAGCCGCAGCCACAAGGAGAACCAGGACCUGAGGAAGAAGCUGCACCUCAUCGAGUCCAUCGUCGUCCGCGGGGAGAGGGCGGCGACGACGGCGGCGGCGUCGGUGGAGGAGGAGGAGGAGGAGGCGGCGGCGGCGGAGGAGGCGGCGGCGGCGAUGACCGAGGAGGCUGCGCCUCAGCCGCCGGGAACGGUGGAGCCGCAGCGGGACGGGAGCGGGCAGGAAGCCGCUGGUGGAGCCGCGGAGGUGGAGUUUCCAGACGUGGUUCUGAUCAAAGACGAAGACUCGGACAACGAGGAACCUGCUAAGACUCCGUCUGACGGAGCUUCAGUCCAGGACGGGGUCCGGUCUCGGCGGAUGAAGAGACGUUGGCCGGGAAAUGAAGACCCAGAGAAGUCGUCCCCGUCCGAGCAGCUCGUCCAGAAAACGUCCACGAAGAAGACGGCGUCCCUCUACAGCCUGGACUCGCCCGGCAGCGAGCCGGGCCGGCCCGUCCAGAUCCGGGACGAGGCGGAGGCCGGAGACUCGGUCUGCUCCUACUCGUCCCAGGUGGACCCGGACGUCCAGCUGGUCCAGGAGUGUCCUCUGGUCCCCCCGGGCUCCGCCAGGUCCAUGUUCUUCAGCGGCGGCGCCCUGAUCGAGUCCCCGUCCACCAGGGCGGAGCUGGACCUGGGCCUGGACCCGUCCUGGUCCACGCAGACCAAAGCCCAGACGUCCUUCGCUCAGUUCCACCAGAGCGAGAACGCGGAGGCGUUCGGGCUGAAGCUCGUCAGCGUCUCGGGUUCGGCGCCCGCGGACUGCGGGGACGCGUCCGAGGGCGGCGGCGCCGCCGCCUUCGACUUCGAGGACGGCGACGUGGUCAUGAACUUGGCCCUGUACCGGGAGCAGUCCGGGGGCCGGGGCGGCGCCGGCGCCGGGGGCGGGUUCCCCCGGGGGAAGCGCUUCAUCUGCUCCGUCUGCAACCGGACGUACGCCACCACCCAGAACCUGGAGGUGCACAUGCGCAUCCACACGGGCGAGAGGCCCUUCAGCUGCAGCCAGUGCGGGAAGAAGUUCACGCAGUCGGCGCAUCUCAAGUCGCACAUGAGCAUCCACACGGGAGAGAGACCGUACUCCUGCGCCGUCUGCGCCCGCAGCUUCAUCGUCAAAUACAGCCUCAAGCUGCACAUGAAGAAGUGUCACCCCAACGUCCUGUGAGCAGCUUCCUGUUACCGUCGGGUCCAUCACUGAGCGCUAAAAAACAGAUACGGGCUGAAAAAAAAACAACAUUCUGUCUCAUACUGACCAGUUAGAGUCAAAUAAACUACAGAUUUAAGUAGGAAGUUGUGGAGGAAACUACAAUUUUCAUCUUGGAGAUAAAAAAAAAACUGUUAUCAAGAUGAAAUGUGAAAGAGACAAUUACGGUUUCGUUUAUUUCCACAUGUUUAAACUGUGUCUGUGACCAGAUACCGUAAUAACUGUAGUCUGCGUGCAAAUUCUUUUUUUUUCUUCCCCUCAUUCAUUAAAAACGCUAAAAUUUGGGGACAUUUUUUUUGGACUGUCCCCAUAAAUCUGUGACAUCUGGUUUCCCUAAUUUUACCGGAGGAUGUGGCUGCUGCUCGUGACUCGUGGUGGAAUAAAUCUGUCGUGUUUCUAUCUUUAGCCGCGUUUCAGCCACAGACGAAGUGGUAAAUUCCCGUCGUGGGGGGUUUGUGUUUUUGGCCGUGAAUCGUGUAAUAAGAUAAGUUAUUACCCGGCUCUGUUCCUCAUUAGUGAAGCUCUUAAAAGUUUUACAUUUUGAAUGAGUAGAAAUAAAUAAACAUAUAAACACAAUAUUAGGGAUAAUUACUACAAACAGUUAAAAAGCUCCUAGAGGUUUUCUCCUCCUGAAAAACCUCUAAUGCAGCAGGUUUUAAAUCAGCUUAUUCAGCCUCAACAGAGUUAGAAAAGGUUUAAAUGUUAAAAGGACGAAGCGUCUUUAAAAGGACUUUGUCCCUUUCUGUAAACGGCUCCAGUGCAUUUAUUUACUAAACCCCAGGACCAGUUCUUGGUCGUCUAAGUCUUUGGCUGGAUACCUACAUACACUUUAAAUAAAAAACAAACCCCUCACAUCUAUUCCUGAUUCACCUUCAUAGCAUUUCUAAUAUAUAUAUAUAUAUUUUUGUUAUCUAUGACAUUUUGUAUGAAAAACUGUAUCAUGUUGGGGCCAAUGUCCACAUUCAAUCACAAAACGUGAAAUAAAUAUGUUAAUCACAUAUUUAAAAACAUCAAACAAAGAUAAUAGGAGGGUUAAAAAAGGAAAACGUUUAACAUUUUGUCUAAUAUUUAUUUUUCUUACCUGUUUUUUUUUUCUUUUUAUUCUUGAUGUCCGACGUCUCAGAUGUGAAGUUUUUCUGUUCAUUUUAAACUAAAAGGUUUUUGUCAGACUUUACUGUUUUCAAAGUAAAAAUAAAGCUAAUCUCCUUCUGUCAGUGAAGGUUUCCAGUCGUACAGUUCACACUAAUCAGAUCCUACAGAAAAGCACCUGGACUUAAAGAAACUACGAGGCCGGUGCAUUUCUGGAAGAUUUGUCUCGUUCUCCGCUGUUAAAGUUCACGUCAUAGACGAGUUCAGUGUAUCAAAGGUUUUAUCAUGUGUCAGUUUUUGUAAAUAAAUUGACCAAUAAAAUUAUUUUGUGUU